UUAGGCUGCAUAGCAGCUAGAGAGAGGACAAUUCACGGCUAAAAGCCUCACACCAGAACUGCUACUGACCAUAAGUGCCACUGAAACCAGAAGGAAAUGAGUUGUCGCUGUGCUUGCUUCAGAGACAGCAGUCCUCGUGCAGAGACAGAAACUAUGAAACGGCAAAGCUCUGGUCAGGAGCAUGACAUUAUUGAAUUGCAAGAAGAUAACAUGGAGGAAAGUGAGGCUGAUCAUGAAAAGCCUCUAAAUUCUCAAGCAAGAAAGGAGAGCAAUCACUGGAAAUCAUGCAGGAAUGUAGUUUUCUGGAAGUGUAAAUUAUGGAUGGUUAUCACUACAAUUUUUCUAGUAUUCUUCCUGGUCAUUCUCAUCAGCCUAAUUCUUUAUUCUACUGUUUACACAGAUGAGGAUGACUACUGGGAUCCUGAUGCACUACUAAAUAGUGGAUACUAUCGCAAUUUUUCAGGAACAUUGGAGUUAAUGUGUGGUCUCCCACACCUUUUCUCUGAAGAAAUUACUAAGAGGUUAACAGAUGUCUACAGUUCAUCUCCAGCUCUAGGACGCUACUUUAGGUCAGCUCAGGUGGUUUAUUUCAGUAACGAAAGCUCCACUGUAUUUUAUCAGCUAGAGUUUUCUGUACCACCACAAACAGAUGGGUUUAUGGAAAACACGAUGAACCCAGAUUUUAUAAGGAACAUUUUACGUCAAAAUAUUUAUGAUGAAUAUGAUACUUUUAAUCCUGGGACAUCUGAGUGUAACACAUUAAAGCUUGACCCGACUUCUCUCACACUAACAUAGAAAUGAUGGAAAGACUCCUCAUCAUCUUCCCUUCCUAGAAGAGAUGGUCUUCUCCUAUCUAUUAUUAAUCCCAGGGCAGGAAGCUAUUCAUUAGGUAGAAACACUUCUAAAGAUGUUGUCCUGUAAAUACCGGCUGUGAUGCAAUGUUGUAAAUGGAAAAUGUGGUAUAUUUAUAACAGUGUUGUACUCCUAUAAGAAUGCUACCUCCUUUACUGUGGUCCUGAUAUCUCAAUAACCCAUGUCACUCUUGUGAAAAUCAUGUAUCUUAUCUGAUACAUGCUCUGUUGACUUUGAAACCUCUGCUUUGUCUUGCCUUAUGAUUAAAUCUGGAUUCCCUUCCCUUUAAAAGCAGCUCCUUUCUUCUUCUCUUGGCUCAUCCAAAAUUAUCUGCACAGCUUCAUCCUUAAUGCUCGUUUCCACCCAUGCUCAUGUCUGUUACUUUUUCCCCUGCUAACUUCAUAUGCAAUGUUUCUCUGUUGUUUGU